AUGGACAGAACAAAUGAUGAUAGUGGACUUAUUUAUGAGGAAAACCUGAUAAAUAAGUCAAGCAAGAUCGACAAUAACAUCAAUAUGACAAAUGACAUUGUCUCACCAACCACCUACAGAAAUGCUAAUGCAGACAUCAACGUGAGACCUGGAAGAAUUCCAUUUUCUCCCAAUGGCCAGAGAAGACCAUUCUUCAACAGAGCUUUUGGAAAGUUAGAGAAAGGCUCUUUAAGAGGAAGUAUCUUUUCACUUUGCGCUUCAGCUAUUGGAUCUGGAGUACUAUCUUUACCAUAUGUGCUUGCCUUAAAUGGGUGGGCCCUCGGAUUCAUACUCAUAUUGGUCUCUGCCUUUUCUGCGUGUUGGAGUUUAUUCAUGAUUGCAGAUUCUGCUAUCAAAGCCAAUGUUAACAACUUCUCCAAGCUGACUAAUUUUGUGGGAGGGAAGAAGCUAGAGCUAUUUUUGCAAAUUAACAUCCUCAUUUAUAUGAUAGGAUCAUGCAUAGUUACAACACUUUUAAGAAAUGUCGUUACUCAGUUAGGAGGUAGCAAAGAUUUCACUGAGGGAUGGGAAUUCAGAGCAAUCGUUGGAGCACCUAUUGCAGCCUGUAUUUUGAUGCCAAUGUCAAUGAUCAAAGAUAUGAGUGGCUUCAGAUAUAUAAGUUUUGCCUCUAUCUUCGCUUUAUUUUACACUGGCGUCGUUUUAUUAAUUGAAAUGCCAGAGUACAUUCAGCAUUACAAGGAUACUGCUAUAAUUAAGCCCUUUAUCAUUGACUUGAAUUUCUUUAACGGUGCUUGUAUUACUUUCUUUGCCUAUACCUGCUAAGUUCAAUUAUUGCCAAUAUAUUCAGAACUCAUUAACCCUAAUGCUAGAAGAAUAAAAAAGAUCAUUGGAGUCUCAGUCAUAGUUGAUGUAUUCUUUUAUAUGACAAUUGCAGCUGCUGGUUAUUUCUCAACUUUUGAUAUAACAGCAAGAGUUGUGCUGGAUAGACCACCACUUAGUGGAAGCAGAGACUAUGCAAUUCUUAUUUCACAAAUAUUGAUCAUGAUGGUACUCUUCGUUGCAGUGCCUGUUAACUACAAUCCGUUUAGAAACUAGGUAUUCUACAUGUUCUUCAAGAGACAAGAAUUUUCCUUUAAAGAUUCCUAGUAAAUUACUAUAUUAAUCAUUUUUCAAUUAGUGAUAUGCUCAGUUAAGGUUAGUGGAGAAAAAUACACGUCUCCAAGCAAUCUUUUCAAAAUCAUAUUCUUUUCUAUUUUGUGCGUCAUAGGCUAUAUUAACGUAGUCGGUGCCAUAGUACAAAUGGUAAUGGGAAUAGAUAAAUUCUGA